CUCCUGGCCCCGCCCCUGCACUGCUCCCCGGAACCCGGUGGUGGUGGGAGCUGCUCCCCCGCCGGGCCCGGUGGGGGCGGACCCCAUCCAGCAGCUGCGGGACCGGAGCGGCGGGGGUGAACUCCGUCCGGAAGCCGGGGGUUCGCGGUCAUGGCUCAGUCCGCCUGCACCCUCUCGCUGCUCCGCGGUCUCCUGGGCCGAAUGGGGGCGCCGGGAGCGGCCGGGCGCUCGUUCCGGGCCUUUCGGAGCAGUGGCGCGAGACACGAUGCCAUUAUUAUCUCAGGAACUGAAAUGGCCAAACAAAUCCAGAAAGAAAUACAAGAGGGUGUGGAGUCCUGGAUUUCCCUUGGGAAUAGAAGACCACACCUCAGUAUCAUUUUAGUGGGAGAUAACCCAGCAAGCCACACCUACGUCAGGAAGAAGAUCCAAGCCGCCUCUGCUGUAGGUAUCUAUAGUGAGAUCAUUCUAAAGCCUAAGGAUGUUUCUCAAGAAGAGCUUUUGGAUAUAACUGAUCAAUUGAACAUGGACCCGAGAGUCAGUGGCAUAUUAGUUCAGUUGCCACUGCCAGAUCAUGUAGAUGAGCGAACAGUAUGCAAUGGAAUUGCCCCUGAAAAAGAUGUAGAUGGAUUUCAUAUUAUCAAUAUUGGAAGACUGUGCCUUGAUCAGCAUUCUCUCAUACCUGCCACUGCCAGUGCUGUUUGGGAAAUAAUCAAAAGAACAGGAAUUGAAACAUUUGGGAAAAAUGUGGUUGUGGCUGGAAGGUCCAAGAAUGUAGGGAUGCCCAUUGCCAUGCUUCUACACACUGAUGGAGAACAUGAACGACCAGGAGGUGAUGCAACAGUGACAAUAGCUCACAGAUAUACCCCCAAAGAACAACUGAAGAUCCAUACUCAGCUGGCAGAUAUUAUCAUAGUCGCUGCAGGUAUUCCAAAGUUGAUCACAUCUGAUAUGAUUAAAGAAGGUGCUGCUGUAAUUGAUGUGGGUAUCAACUAUGUCCACGACCCAGUAACAGAAAAGAUAAAAUUAGUUGGAGAUGUGGACUUUGAAGCUGUGAAGAAGAAGGCUGGCUUCAUCACUCCAGUUCCAGGAGGUGUGGGACCCAUGACGGUGGCCAUGCUUCUGAAGAACACACUCCUGGCAGCUAAAAAAGUCAUUUACUAGGUCGCAUGAAAGAACGAAGCAAGCUGAAAUCAUGCUAUUUAUUUACUCGACAAGGGGGAAAAUCCUUUCUAUUUUACUACAAAGCUAUUUAUUUCUACAUUGUAUUUAUUUUUUCAUGGAUGGAAUCACUGUGGAUCAGAGGAUUCACACAACUUUAUGCAUUUCCUGCUAACAGAUUUUGAGUUUUAGGGAAAAAACAAACAAAACAAUUCCAGUGGAAAUAUUGGUAACAUUUAUUUUAUGAAUAAUAUUUGUUCAUAAUGUUAAAACAAUAAAGGGCUCAUAAUAAAUAAUAUAUUUUGACACAAUUAAAUAUCAAAUGCCAUAUGUUUCAACAAAUAUUUUGUCAGCCAAAUGGACACCCAUGUAAAAUGUAAUUCAGGUUUUGCCAUAAGCUUGAUCAAUUUUUAAAUAUUUUAGUUCUAUAUCAUAUGCUAAAAAAGAACUAAGUUGCUAAAAGAAAGAUAAAAAAUAAAAUAUUGAUCUUAUAUAUCUCCUAAAUGCAUCCCAUGAGGCAUCCUAGUAAUAAAUAAUGUUUAAUCAAGGAAAGAGAAAUAUACAAGGAAAACAAAAAAGGCAGUGCUGCUUGAGAAGGUAAUGAUUAUGUGAAAUGAUAAAUGACUACUUGUUAUAGUAAAAAUGUAAUAAGAAUGUAUUGGGUUUACAUGUAAUUUCUUUGUUGUUCUAGAAAAAUAUGUGGGCAGUGCCUUCUUUGAGGAAUAAUAGAAAAUCCAAAAGCAAACAAAUGCAUAAAACAAAACUAAAGUGGUCUUUCCCCACAAAGAUCAGGAAAAUAUGACAUACUAUGAGUGAGGCCUUCAUUAAAGAACAAAUUAUGUUUUUUCACAAAUGCAGAAAUCUACUGGUAAAACACGCAGUGUGCCAAUGUUAAAAUUAGAAUAUGACUAAAAAUCUACUGUUUUCUUUCCCACAGUUCUAUCCUCUUCUCUUAUAGCAUUUCGUUCUCAAAGUAGAUGCCAUGCUUCUAACACAAUUUAAAUUUAGGAAAUACAUGUGACUCUCAGUUGAAGGUAUCUUGAGACUGCUCUAGCCACAUAAUUGUAUUGUUUUCAUACUCAACUCCCAGUACAUUUAUGUACCAAUAAUAAUUCUUACCCAAUGCAUGUUUUUAAUGAUGUGUAUACUUAUUAUUUAUGUGAGAAUAGACUAGAUGUUUAUGAUUAAUAGUAUUUUAACUGUAUAAUAAAAGCAAUUUGAA